UUAAUCUUAAAUUUUGAUUGUGUUAGUAUUGUCUCACACGUACACGGGUAUUUAAACUUGCUUUUUUCCCUGUACGCUGCUUCGAUUUUCGGCUGUCACCACAUCAAAGGCAAGCCGAACUCGCUCGAGAAACUGUGGUUUCUCGACGACACGCAAAAAUUGGUCCGAUUCAUCGUACAUGAUACAUAUAGCUAUCGUAGCAUCCGUGUGUCAUUUAGGUGUAUGCAAAGAGUGACGUAGAAUAGCACGCCGUUAGUUGGAUGCAAUAACUGAGGUAGCGCUGAAAUCAGUUUCUGUUCGGUCUAAUUUUCGAUGAAACGUUGACUGUUUUACCGACGCGGAAUUCGAAGUUCGGUCUUGACGCUCGCAUCACCUUAAAAGGGCUUUGAGUAAUAAGGUAAGCAAAAAAUUUACCCUUAUUUUUGAGGGAACAAGUUUUUCGGCUUUAUUGAGGACGCCCAAAGAUCAGGUGAAGAGGUGGAGGGGGAACCAAACUCCCGCCAAAAUGGCGGGGGAAAAGAAAAUAAAUACAAAUUAAAGCGAAAAAACUUUCUGGCAAAAGAGGAUGCCAAACAAGAAGCAAUGAAUUAUGAGAAUGCCAAGAUAAAAAAAUCGGUAGAAGAAACAAAACUAAGAACAUGGAAUUUGGAUACUGUUGAGAAUUUGGAAGAGGAUGAGGAAACCAUUAAAAAACUAAAUAAAGACAACCAUUCUAAGAUGGAAAAUAACGGAGAAGCUAGGGAUUUUGUCUGCGAACAGGAAAACUUACUAACAAUAAGUGUAACGUCCCAGCGGUAACAUAGUUUAAAAAUAAAUCGUAAUAUUAAAUUAAAUAAUGUCUAGUCGAUAAUUAUUGUAUUUUAGUAAACCUUUAUAGAAUUAGAUGGCGUGCGCGCUCGCGUUAAGAGUAGGGUAGCUUGUGUGAGAGAGAUAGCGAUACUCGCGGGAGUCACGUAUGUACAUAGAGUCCAAAGUCCGCGAGAUUCCUGAAGGAAUUUUAUAUAGAACAAAAGCGCUUUGUCAGCAGAAUUUGACUAUAAAUAGAGGCGUGCCAUGCGGAGAAAAACAGUCUGGUUUCAACCAUGCUCAGAUCGACUUCGACUUCGGUCGAGUGCAGGUAUCAACCAAUAGAGGAAAAGCUAAGGUUGCUCAGCGCUGAACUGCCUAGGCAAGGAUGUAGCGUCAGAGUAACCCGCGCUAAAUAAAAUCUUUAUUUUCAGUACAAUUUACUGUCUUUGAUAAUUUCUGAUACCUAGAGUAAUUGGUUAUUAUCCAGAGCGUUAGCUAUACCUAUAGUCUAAGCUGUGUAUUAAUAUAUACUAAUCAAGCAUUUUCUACUAUAUUUUCAUCUAGGGCGGAUUCCAUUGUUAACUAAUAAUAUAUUUUCUUUUGUAUUUUUCAUUUAGCCCGGAGUCAUUGUAAUAUUAAUCAUCUUGUUUUCUUUUACAUUUCUCCUUAGGGCUGAAUCAUUGUAAACGAAACUAAGUAAUUAAUAUCUUCUUAAUUAACCAAACUUUUCAAUCGUUAAUAAAUUAAUUAUAUAAAGGGUAUUAACGUUGGAUUUCACUCCUUAACCGCACAUCACACGAGCCUAUAAUCCCUAUUACAAUAUACGAGUCGUCUUCUGAGGGAACCGCUCUCCCUUUUCGUCGGUGCAGUGACGCACCUAGUCUGGGACGUUACAUAAGGAUCAACAUAGAGGGCUCCAUGGAAAACUCUAAAAUAGUAGCCUCCAAGGAGGAAAAGAGAUACAAGCUGAUGGAAGAGGGGGAAAAGUGUCGCCACUCGGAACAAGGAAACUUAGCCAUUUUGAAAAAGCUAAGAUAAGCAGUGAGUCAAACGUGAAUGAUAAAAGCGAGUGUUACAGAGCAGACUAUAGAAUAACGAAUGAAGAAUUGAAUAAACAAAAGGAACUCUUUGAUACACGCAGAAAACCAAGGCAACCCAGAAGAGGAAAAGCCGAAGCAAAUAAAUAAGGAAGAAAAGAAAAGAGAACACAGCCCAAACAGAAAUCCUGAGGUGGGUAAAAAAAUAACACUUUAUGAUAAGGGGUUAAUUAGCAAUGAGUAUACCAUAACGAUAGUAGCCAAUAAGGAAAAUACAAUAACAAUAGAACAGCAGUAAACCAGAUGCCGCUCAAGAAUGCAAAGAGAGAGAAAGGCUACACAGCCUACAUGCCAUCAAGAAAAUUAGUAAGGAUGGGUGUGAUACACGAGUGGGAAGACACGAUAAAAGAGCUGGAAGAGCAAUCAAUGGAAGGACAGAGGAACUACACAAUGAAGCGUUUAAUGAAAAGCAGAUUCAUCGACGGAAAGCCGCAAUGGACGGAAGAAAAGGCAAUUCUGAUAAUUUCGAAGGCGACUCCCUGCCAACUCGCAUGCUAAUAGGUAUGGCCAUGUGUGGCUGAGGGUCGAAUCUUUCAUUGAAUACAUUAAACAGUGCUAUAAGUGCUAUAGAUUUGGAUACGCUCAAAAUAUAUGCAAAAAUCAAUACAAGAAGUGCAGAAACUGUAAAGAAAAAGAUCAUGGAGAAUGUGAAAAUGAAACAAGGUGUAUUAACUGCGGUAGGGAACACCACGCCAUGGCAAAAGAGUGCACGAUAUACCAAAGAGAGGCUCAGAUAAAGAAAAUGAUGGCAUAUAAAAAUAUGAACUAUAACACUGCGAGACGCCAAUGGAACAGAGAAAACAGAAACGACCAACCCUUAACAUAUUUAGAAAACGGUGAACAAAAGUGGGAAAAAGAUUUCCCAAGACUAAAAGCUAAACCCAACAAAGAUAGAUGAGAAAGUAUGAACAUACCCCACAACAACAACCAAAAUGAGCGAUCAAAUCCCUGGAUAGUUAAAAAAGGAGGCUACAGACCACACCAAGAAACAGAAUAUGAUCAAAAUCCAACAGGAUACUGUAAAGGCAAACCACUUCCUACAGAGAGAAACACAAAUAGAUUUCCAAUCCUAAGAAUGGACCCGCACAACAAUGAAAUAGUAGGUAACAGGAUUUAUGAGUUUGGCACACUAUACGAGGAAGAGAAAGAUAUCAAAAAUCAAAGCUACCUUGAAAGAUACAAUAACAGAAGACUGAUUGAUCAAUUGAGAAAGAGAAAUGCGGACGAGCUACUGGACGAGUUGAUCAAGUUAAUACAGGAGAAAAACCUGGAAGAAAAAAUGGAAACUUUCAUAGUGAAAAGAAAGUACAGAAGAGUUUUCAAGCCACCUCCGGAGGAUGAGGACUGGAUGGCCAGGUACAGGGAAAACUUCGACUUCCACAUAACAGACAAAAUGAGGGCUACUAUCCAAAGAAGGGACAGAUUGGAGAGAUAGAGAAGGAAAAAA